AUGCAGGGCGUAAAUGAUCUCGAUGUUACCCCGGGCCUGAUCGUGGUAAUGGGCGAAGGCAAGGAAAUGUUUGUUCCUGUGCGCCUGGUGCACUCCUCGCAGUCGACCGUGAGCACGCUGCAGUGCUUCUUCACAUCUGGGUACACCUACAUGCAUGCUUGCACCUUUGGUCAUCUUGAGCAUCGCCAGCAAGUCCACGAACAUCUAGCUGGGCAGGUCGACGCCAUGCUUGGGUAUCACCCUACGAUCCCGACAAGAACUCCAAUAUCCACCGGUGCGGGUUGCGAUCGAGUUCACGUCCCUGUGCGUGCUUGUGUAGUGCAUGUUGUUGAUCCGUGUGAUGAAGUCCCUCAUCUCGGCAGUAGCUCGGCCAUGAAGUUGCUCCGGAUCGAGGGAGGGACUGAGGCACUGUUGCAGUGGAAGAUCAGAUCUUUUGGCGAAGCACAGCGCUGGGCUGAGCUCUCCAGUGGCUAG